UUGCUGCAAACAAGGUACCGAUUUAUUUGUUUUUUCAUUCCCUUUCUUAUUGUUACCGCCGAAGAUGGUCUUGGUAUUGAAUGGUGUGCUGCAAGAUGACUGUCCCAUGGACACGACCAGUUUGUUUAUGCAGCACCCAAUUUAUAGGGAUUAUGCACAACAACUAUUUAAUAUUCCUACAAAAUCCGUAGGACCUGUGGGACUCUUGUAUAUAGGCCAACGCGAAAUGCCAGCAGCUGCUCCGCAUGAUAAGAACAUUAAUAUCGUAGGAACAGAUGAUGCCACCACUUGUAUUAUUUUCGUGGUUCGACAUUCAGGUUUAGGUGCAGUUGUUUUGGCGCAUUUUGAUGGUACUGGCGUAGAUGAGGCAGUCUGUACUAUGGUGGCUCGUGUACAAGAGUUAGCCUUAGGUUAUCCGGAAGGACGUAUAGAGUUGCAAUUAAUUGGUGGCUAUCGCAACCCCCAAAGCUGCGGUGAAGAAGUCUUUUACAAUAUAAUGCAAUCAUUCCAUAAACAUCACCUUGAAAUUGAUUUGACCCAAGCCUGUGUGGGUGAAUUAAAUACGGUGUUGUUGCUUUCGAAAUUUCGAACUACUGUCCAACUACUAAUCACCAUUAGCUAA